CUAUUUAACAAAUAUCUAUAUGAUCCUGUAUCUGAUUCACAAACUUGCACCCUCUUUGGACAGUCGCUAUGGGAAGGCAAUACAGAAACUAAUGGUACAGUUGAGUGACACAGAAAUGCUUCCUUUGCCAAGAUGGAAGAAAUGUGUAGCAGAAACCAGUGAUUUUUUCCAACCUGCCAUAGGAGCUAUGUUUGCUCGGAAAAUGUUCUCGGAAGAAAAACACCAACUGGCUGAAGAAAUAGUAGCAGAGAUCAAGUUAGCCCUGAAGACCAGAAUAGAUGAACUGGAGUGGAUUGAUGACCGAACUAGAAGAGACUUUAAAAGGAAGGUGUCUGACAUUAAAGUGAAACUUGGCUACCCAGAAGACAUCAUGAACUCAGACCAGAUUGACCAGGAGUAUGCAGAUUACAACAUCAGUGAAGACGAAUUCUUUCAGAAUGUAGUCAACUCUCUAAAAGCAUCUAGGACUCAGCAUUUUCAGCUUGGGAUGAGAGAUCCAUCUCUACAGAGCAAGUGGAAGGUUGGGCCAGAAUCUGUUACAGCAUAUUACUCCUUGCAACAUCAUGAGAUUGUCGUUCCUGCUGGCUUGUUCCAGUUGCCUUUUUUUCAUACUGAUGCUCCAAGGGCUCUGAAUUUUGGUGGAAUUGGAGUUAUCAUGGCUCAUGAAAUCCUUCAUGCCUUCUAUGAGUAUGUGGAUACAGGAAACAUGUGUCAUGACUGUGAAACAAUGCCAGUGAGGGAAAAGAUAGAAUGCAUGAUCACUCAGUACAACCAGUAUACCCUUCAAGGAGUGGCAGUCAAUGGCAGUCUAACAUUACAAGAGAACAUGGCAGACUGUGGAGGGCUGGAGAUCGCCUUCAAGGCAUAUGAAAAUUGGCUGAAGAAAGACAGAGUUGAAACAGUUUUGCCGCAAAGUAGUCUGACACAGCAUCAGUUAUUUUUCACCAGUUAUGCUCAGGUUAUGUGUGGAUCCCAAAAUAAUAUUACACUCCCAGAGUUUCUAAUGAAGAGCCCGCAUAGCCCAGCAAGGUACCGUGUCAUUGGUCCCCUCAGCAACUCCAAGGGAUUUUCUCACCACUUCUACUGCCUUGAGGAAUCCAUGAUGAACCCUCUGAAAAAGUGCCAUAUCUGGUGAAAAACACAACACAAAUUGACUUAUUCCUUUGCAUAUAAGUGAAGAAGGAGACAUAAAGCAAGAUUCUGCAAUAUGUGGCACUAGACCCCAAUCAUUCUACACCAUUCACGCUACUAAGUCAGGCUUAAGUAAAGAAAGAUGUCUGGAGAAGAGCUGAGUACUGAGACAUUUGCUGUAGAGGCUGUAGAGGCAAUUGUCAAAUUAAUCUUUACACUGAACUCCAAAGCAGAAAAAAAGGUGUUUGCAGCCUAGCGCCUGGUUUAUGUAUUUAUCUAGAUGCUAAUUCUUUAGGAACCAACUUAUGAAAGUCUAACAGAAAAAAAGUUAUUGUGAUUCCUUUUCAAAGCAUUGUUUUUUUAUCUUAUUAAAAGUCUGUCUAGUUCA